AAGGACGUAGCCUUUUUAUACAACAUAACGAGUAAUAGCUAUGUCUUUGAUUUCAUUUCUUGAUCUAGCAUAAAAUGAAGUGCGUGCAAUGGAUUCAAGAUUCAUCAACACCAAUCCUUAUUCGAGCUGUGGUUGUAAGAAUGAUAAUGAGAAGUCUAAUGGCGAUGAAGAGAGUAGUGAAAACUCUUUUGUGAGUGCUCUUAGUAUGAGCGGAGGAGAUGGAGACAACAGUUACUCCACCAGUUCUCUUCUUCAGAGAAAUUUUUUAUCAAUGGCCAUGCCCAUGUUGGUUAAAAACACCAAAGAGAUGAUCACAAACUUGGAAUUCCCUAGAUUAAUUAAAGUAGCCGAUUUGGGAUGUUCUUCGGGUGAAACACACAUUUUUGGCGGUGUCUGAGAUCGUCAGCACAAUCUAUGCGUUAUGCCAAGAAUGUAACCAAACCCCACCGGAGGAUAGAUUUUUUUUUUGAAAAGGCUUUCGAGGAGGAUAGAUUGUUGUCUGAACGAUUUCAACACAACUUUCAAAUUCAUAGCAUUAUUCAAUAAGAA